GUCCGCUAUCAUCGCUCGGCUUCCCCUGCGAGCCGCGACCUCGCCGAGCGACCCCCUGCGAGCCGCGACCUCGCCGAGCGGCCGCGCGCCUGCGCCACCUCGCCGCGCCCACCUUGCCGGGCGGCCACGCCCCCGCUGCUCCCUCUCCUCACUGGCCUCCAUCUCCCAACACUAUCCCUAGAGAAGGAGAAGAAGGGCGCCUCCAUCCCCCAACCCUAACCCUAGAGGAGUGCCUUCCUCAACGACGGCCGGCGCCCCACUAUCUGCUCCAGCGAAGUGAAGGCCCCUCCAGCAAGCUCCCCCAACCGUGCAAGGACCAUGUUUUGGGUUUCAUCAUCUUGUUAUCUCCAGGCUGGCUCUCUGGUGAUUUUAUAGAGCAGUACCAUUGGCUCUGCAAUAACUAUGUGGACCAACAUUUUCAAAAUAGGGGAGCUCCAAACGGUUUCGUGGUUUCAGUUUCUUCCUUUCGAACCAGAUGCAAGUGCAGCGUCUGAGAAGAGUUCAAAGGCUGAGCAGAAAGACGCUCUUAAUAGCAUUGUGCUUUCAGCAUAUCUUCACUUACAAAGUGAAGGUUUCCUAAGUACUUGGACUAAUUCCUUUGUUGGUCCAUGGGAUCCAUCUCAAGGAGAGCAUAACCCUGAUGAAAAGAUCAAGCUCUGGUUGUUUCUUCCUGGCUGCCACUCAUCGGUAUCUGAAAAAGCCCAACCUGCUGUAAACAAAUUAAGAGUUGCUUCAAAUGGUUUAUGGGUAGCCCCAGGCAACUCAGAAGAGGUAGCAGCUGCACUGUCUCAGGCUUUAAGAAAUUCUUUAGAAAGAUCACUAAAAGGGCUUUCGUAUGCAAGGUUUGGUGAUGUUUUUACAAAAUACAACCCCCCUACAAGAAACCAAAACAGCUUUAGGAGAGCACAGCCUACAGUUGAGUUUGUCUUUGCUGCCACCGAAGAAGCAAUAUUUGUUCAUGUUCUGAUAUCUGCUAGGUAUGUUCGGAACCUUUGUAGCGAUGACAUAGAGAAAGUUCUCACUCAUUCUCCUCCCUCCAUUGGUGAAGGUCUUCCAGUUGUUGUUGCUCCUAGUGGGAUGCUGGGUAGGCUUGUCGGUUGCUGUCCAAGUGAUCUUGUAAGACAAGUAUAUUCAAGCAAAUCAUCAGCACCUAAUUUACCAGGUUUUAGUCAACCUACUGUAUGCCAGCUAAGAGGCCAAAGUUACUAUGUUGAAGUUGCACUUGGCUUUCCAGCUGCUUCAGCCGACAAAGUUUCUGAGUCCGAGCAUAUUCAGAUAAAAAAAGAAUUGGAUCCAGUGAAGGAUGCUCAGGUUGGUGCUGAUGGACAGCGUAAGGUAGAAUCACCUGAUAGCCUUCCAGUUUUUGAGAGGACAUUUAUUUACCCACCUGAGGCUAUUUUGGUACCUAUGGUCCAUCAAGCAUUUGUUCGUUUUUCGAGCAAAAGAAUGUGUUUACAGGGCUCGCUGGGAAGUUCAUCAUGGGAGGGAUGGCCGUUCUGGAAUUUUUCUCCAUCUUCUUACUUUCAGAACAGCUCUUUCCUUGGAUCUUCUUGUGGACUUGGAGUCAAUUCUAAUUAUCUGAGAUUAAGAAGGAAAAAAAACAAGUGCAACAGCAUGGCCAGCAGUAUUAGCAGUGUGAGUAGCACUUCUGAUGGAAGUGACCGUGCAGUUGCUACUGAAGGUGAUCUUGUAGCUGACGCUGACUCUAUGCCCGGUCGUCAGUCUGAUAUGCCAUCCAACAAUGAUAAUGGCGGUAGUAAGAUGGUAUCCAAGCGGCCUCGUUCUGAAGUAAGAGAAGUUUCUUCUCAUACUGGCCAAGAUGUUUGUGAAAACAUACAAGGUGUGAAUGGUCAGGUUGGACGCUCUUGGGGCUGGGAUGAUGAGGGUAUUGUUAUGGACAUCAAUAUACUUCUCUCAGAGUUCGGAGAUUUUAGUGACUUUUUUCAAGAAGAGGAGUUAGAUUUUGGUGAGCCUCCAGGUACUGCUGAAUCACAUGCUCUAGUAAUUCCUGCUUCCGACGGUGGAGAUGUCACAUUCACAGAUAGUCCAUCAACAGCAAUGGAUAUCCCUGAACAAAGACUUUCUCCUGUUGGUUUCACAUCUUUGGAUGCAUUUGACCACCAAAUUAUGGUCCCUGCUCAGGAUGUUGUUUCUAAAGUUCAAGAACCUCAUAAAGAUUCCGCAACACCUGCACAGUCCCACUCGUUAGUUUUAUCAUCUGGAAGAUUUGAUUAUAUCACCAAAGCUGAAGCAAAGCUCACAUUUGCUCCAGAAUAUGCAGCUGUUGAAAUUUCUAUUGCGGAGGCCCCAACACCAUUGUUUACAAAUCCAUACUUCCCCAGAUCAAAGAAACCUGGCAGUUCUAGUUUUAGAGUUUAUUCAUACGAUAUUGCACAAAGCUCUCAAAUUGAGUCCACAGGAGACAAGCCAGAUAAGCCUUCUAAACUAACAUCUGGUAUUCAUUUACAUGAUGUUGGUUCAUCAAACUUAUACACACUUGUCCAAGGUGGGAAGAAAGAGAGUGACAAGAGCUUAAAGAGUACUGAUAUACAGCCCUCUAAGGGAGAAACGUCACCACCUAUUUCUGGUGUGACUUCAUUUAGUUCUUCUCUUGUUUCGCAAAAGAAGAGUGACAGCACGUUCAAUGCCGGCUAUUUUCUGCUUUCUAUGAAGACUGCUCUGGCAACUGAAAUUGAAUGCAUCAUGUUCCAGGCUGCCAUGUGCAGAAUUAGGCAUACACUAUUGUCUCUGAGAAGCAAAGCGUCUGCCGAGUUUAACAGUGCAACAUCCAGUUUUAUGCAGACAAAUUUCUGCAACAAAUCAGAUCUCACCCCCAAGUAUGACAUGAGAAAAAAAGAAAUUAUGACUGUAAGGUUAUCUAGUGAUGUUGAUCAUGAAAUGUUUGACAGAUCCUUAAUGGACAAUGUGGGAGUUUGGAGGCCUGUUGUUACGCCUAAAGGGCCAAAGUCUCUUGAGUCUUUGUCUGCUAACACAUUAGCUGGUGCAAGCCCAAGCCUGUCUAUACAAAGACAGCCUGUUGUAGAUCUCCUCUGUGCCAUGGCUCUGCUUGUUCAACAAUCUACUUCAUUUGUUGAUAUGUCACUUGAUAUGGAUGAUGGAGAUGGUUCUUUUUUCUGGCUUUCCCUGGAUGAGCAAAAGAGACGUGGAUUUUCUUGUGAUCCUUCUAUGGUUCAUGCUGGCUGUGGUGGCCUAUUAGGAACAUGCCAUUCAAAGGAUUGCGCUGGUGUUGAUUUAGUUGAUCCACUUUCUGCUGAGGUUUCCGAGUCAUCCAUGAUUAGCUUGUUGCAGUCAGAUAUAAGGCAAGCUCUUAAAGCUGCCUUUGCAAACAUGGAUGGCCCAUUAUCAGUAAUUGAUUGGUGCAGGGGUCGAGGCAAUGCAGCUGAGUCAGUUACUGCAGAUGCAUACUCUUUUCAGUACUCCACUGGUGAUACCCUGGAGCCGUCAAGUUCACUGCCCAUUGGUGGAGAUUCUUUGAGCCCACCCCAGCCGGCGAGUAGCAACCGAGGCAUUUCAGAAUUAGAGUACCAAAAGGGAUAUCACCGUAUCAGACCAACCAUUGCUGUCCUCCCUUCACCUUCUAUGCUAGUCGGUUACCAGGAUGAUUGGUUAAAGGCCUCGGUGAAUAGUCUUAAAACGUGGGAGAAAGCUCCUUUUGAACCUUAUGCCUUGCCGAAGCCUGUUACUUACUAUGCACUUUGCCCUGAUAUUGAUAUGUUGACUUCAGCAGCAGCUGAUUUUUUCAUGCAGCUUGGGACAGUUUAUGAAGUUUGCAAACUGGGAACUCAUUCACCACAAAACAGUGGAGGACAAAUGGAACUAUCUUCUGGAAAAUAUUUGCCUUCAGGACUUGUUCUAGUUGAGUGUCCUGAACAGUUGAAGAAGGUUGGCUGCGGCCACUUAAGUCCCAUCACUUCAACAAGUGACUAUCUUCAAGUUUUUUCAAAACAUUGGAGUGUGAAAAGCUUUGUAACAUCUAUUUCAAGGAUACUUAAGGAUAUAAAGCUGACUUCAAACAUCUCUACGAAUCAGAAAGAGAGCAGUAGUGGACCUUGCACAGUAAUUUAUGUAGUUUGCCCAUUUCCAGAACCUUGUGCAAUUCUACAGACGUUAGUAGAAUGUUCUGUUGCUCUUGGGUAUGUUAUUUCAUCUCCGGAAAGGGAAAGAAAGUCGCUAUAUUCGCAGGUUGCCAAAGCCCUAAACAGCAGUGCCUCUGCAGAUGAAGCAUCAGCAUCAAAUGUUGUUAUGCUAUCCGGGUUCAGUAUACCUAAGCUCGUCUUGCAGAUUGUUACUAUUGAAACUGUACUGAGAAUUGAUAAGCCAAACAAGGAGCUUGCUGUUUUGAAGGACAUAGCAUUCACAGUAUACAACAAGGCACGACGUAUCCCGCGGGCUGUCUCCACAAGCGACAUGUUUCAGUCACCAACUUAUUUGGGUAGAUCUCAGUCCACAAUGAUGCAUGUUACAUCACCUGCUCCUACUCUUUGGAAAGAAUGUUUAGUUCCUCGAAUGUCUGGGCCAACUCUCUCUCGAGAAACAGAUUUUGAUGCAUCCAUGAGGUCGGCAACAUGGGAUAACUCAUGGCAGCCUGCUCGUUCUGGAGGACUGCUGGACCCAAGUAAGAUGCCAGAUCUAUGUGCUCAGGAUGAUAGGAAAUAUGCCUUUGAGCCACUUUUCAUACUUGCAGACCCUGGGUCUGCUGAUCUUAAUGCUUUAAUGGAACCGUCAAAAUCUGGAGCAGAUGCAGGUGGCAGCAGGGUUUAUGGCUCCAUGUCAGGAAGUAAUUCUGAUAGUGGAGUGAGCCCUCUACUCGAUGUAUCUGAGAGUGACAGUGCAGCAAGUCUUCAUUGCUGUUAUGGUUGGACCGAGGACUGGCGAUGGUUAGUAUGUAUUUGGACAGAUGCUAGAGGAGAAUUAUUGGACAGCUUAAUAUUUCCUUUUGGUGGUAUUAGUAGCCGCCAAGACACUAAAGUUCUCCAAAGUCUUUUCAUCCAAAUUCUACAGCAAGGUUGUCAAAUAAUGUCGUCUUCACCUGAGGCUAGCAAUAUGAGACCACGAGAUGUCAUAAUAACUCGUAUUGGAGGUUUCCUUGAACUUGAAAUUCAAGAAUGGCAAAAGGCAAUAUACUCUUUUGGUGGUAAUGAAGUAAAAAAGUGGCCUGUGCAGUUACGGCGAUCCAUACCUGAGGGUAUUCCACCUAGUUCAAAUGGUCCUACACUCCAGCAGCAAGACAUGGCCUUAAUUCAAGAUAGAAACAUGCCUUCCUCACCAAACCCAUUGUACAGCCCUCAUUCAAAAUCAAGCUUCAUGAAAGGUGCACUUGGACAAUCUGGCAACAAAAAGCAGAUCCUUGUAGAACAAACCGGAAUGGAUACUUCAAGGGGACCACUGCACUUAGUUCGCAGCAUCAGUUUGGUUGCAGUUUCCCAAGAUCAUUCGUUGCAUCUCACAUGCCAAACAGAUCUGUUGACGAGACCUGCUUCUGGCGAAGGGAAUCAAGGCAGCAGUGGCCUUUCGAGUUACUUGGAAGGUUUCACUCCAGUGAAGUCCAUUGGGUCAAUGCCAGCAUCACACUCAUAUCUCCUAGUUCCUUCACCAAGUAUGAGAUACCUCUCUCCUGCAACAUUACAGCUCCCGACAUGCCUCACAUCAGAGUCACCACCGCUUGCCCAUCUAUUGCACAGCAAAGGGACUGCAAUUCCCUUAGCAAUGGGCUAUGUCGUCUCGAAAGCCGUCCCACCUGUAAGGAGGGACUCUGCACAGCUCACCAAGGAUGAACAACCCUCUGUUCUCUUAGUUAGCAUCAUUGAUCACUAUGGCGGCAGCAUUGCCACUGUUCAAGAAAAAAUGAGCCGAGGCGGUGGUGGCAGCAACAUGAGCAAACAGGCAAGGAACUUCACUCAGGAAACAACAACUCGUGACUGUGAGGUAGAGAUGCAUAAUGUGCUGGAAGCUGUGGCCACGGAGCUUCACUCCCUUUCUUGGUUGACAGUAAGCCCGGUGUACACAGAAAGGCGGACUGCCCUGCCCUUCCACUGUGACAUGGUCCUAAGGAUGCGGCGGCUUCUACACUACGCUGAUAAGUAUCUAUCUCAACCAGCAGAGAAGGGAGAGACAACUUAGAGGGGUGACUAAUUGUCAUGUAGCUGUUAAACAGGAAAAUUAGGGCUGGUAUGGUGCUCAAAUUCAGAGUGUCUCUGUGUAUGUAUCUAGCUAGGUAGGUAGGUAGGUGAGGGCACAUUGACGAGCUUUGUAGCCUGAUUUUGCAGUGAAACCCUGAUUGGGCUGAGGAUGUAAUCAACUGUACAGAACAGCUCGAUACCUCUCCCUUGAUUAAAUGUAAUACCGCUGUAACCUUUUCUCUUUUUGGUCGUGUCUUUUGGUAUAUUGCCGGAAUGCGCAUCUCUUGUUUAGGGUC